UAUCGUGUUUUUCAUGUCUGAACAACUAAAACCUUUUAAAGAUUUUACUGUCGUUCGAAAGUGCUAAGAGUCUGGUUGAGUCAUGAAUUUUUUUAAACGUAAAAGCGCUGAAGAUGUUUUUGCCAUCAGAGAGACAGAUGGCGUGGACGAACAGAAGAGAUUCAAGCCGUUCCUUGAGACAUACCGUAUAGUGGCGUUCACCAUGAUCAUAGGGCUGAUCUUCCCAAACCUCAACACUGUGAAGAAACGACUACGGAUUUUAGUGUUUCUAUACGUGCUGGCUGCGCCCGUGGCAAGUACGGUCGUGUUGGAUUGCUACAUGUCUCUGAGACGGAUGGAUCUGAUCAACGUGACCCGCCAUUGCACCAUCUUCAUACCUUUCUUCGUUGUCUUGAUCAAGAUGUACCUGAUGAACGUAAACCGGUACAAGGCGAAGGAGAUCAUCGACACUAUCAACAGCGACCACGCUCGGUACAACACGCUCAGUGAGGACUAUCAGGAUAUCGUCACGGAUAAUAUUAAGGCGACGGUGGUGUUCGAGAAAACGUGGGCAUUCUGUGUGAUCGGCUGUGUGCUCAUGUUCCCGCUCAUGGCCGGGGUUCAAACCCUGUACAGCCAGCUCUUCGAUGAAAUACCCAAGAAGUACAUGAUCCACGACACUAAUAAGCCAUUCUCGGAACCUGAAGCGAGAUUUGAGUCGCCAUUCUUCGAGAUCAUGUUCGUUUACAUGUUUGUUAUGGCGCUGUUUUACUGGGUAAAUUUUACAGGCUACGACGGCAUGUUCGGCGUGGCGGUGUUCCACGCGUGCCUGAAGAUGAAGAUGUACUGCCACUCGCUGAAGAAGGCUUUCGAGGAGACGAGCGACGUGCAACAGCUGCGGCGCAGGAUCGCCGACGUCAUACAGGAGCAGGUCGAGGUUUACGCGUUCGUGGACAAGAUCCAGGAGACGUUCAACACGUGGCUCGGCAUCAUCCUCAUGGGCACCAUCACGCAGAUCUGCAACUGCAUGUACCAGAUCAUAGAGGGUGACUUCGACCUGCGGUACUUGGUAUUCUGCUGCGGCACCAUCGUGCACAUAUUCCUGCCGUGUCGUAAUGCGUCGGAACUCAAGUACAUGUCGACAGAGACAUCGACCCUGAUCUACCUGUGCGGCUGGGAGACGGUGACCGACAAGUCCACCCGGCGGUCCAUCAUGUUCAUGAUCGCGCGCGGUCAGAUACCGCUCGAGAUCACCGCGUUCAACAUGUUUGCGUUCGAGAUGGAACUGUUUCUGUCGAUAUUACAAACCUCUUACUCUAUGUUUACUCUACUGCGGGAUUAAAUGCCGAAUAUCUAACGGUAUUCAGGAGGAUGUUAAA